CUCCCAGUCAUAAAAGCGAAGUGCUAGCGAAACAAUCUCCAAGCCGAGCCAAGCCAAGCCAACCGCGCGUGCCCUCCAACAAAAAUAGAAGCACGACAAAAACCUCGACAAAACAAGGCAACAAGCAGCCAACAGAAAGUUCAAUAAAAAUUAGCCACCAUCGAGAAAUGAAGCUGCAACGCCUCCUGCUCACUGCCGUGCUGAUCCUCUGCCUCAUCGUGGCGCAAAAGGAAAGGACAACGGAGGCCCGUCGGCUGAUCUUCUUCAAUCCGCAGAGCCGCACCCUGCACAGCCAGCUGCUCGUCUCGCGGAAACUGCCGCGACCUUGUCCCGCCGGCAAGAUGCGGGACCAUCGGGACCGCUGUCGUCGAGCGCUCAUCUUUGGCCGCAGCACCUGAGACGGCGGCGCCCAAUCGACGGCAACAAUCAAAUCUCCUCGUCUAUAUUGUCUAUAUUUUUUUUUGUUUGUUCGACUUAUUUGUAAGCUAAUUUAUUGCUCCACGCUCCUAGAAAUAGUUUCAUAGGUUUAUUCCUGUAUUUAUUACGUUAUUUAUUUGUAGCUGGUUACGAAACAGUCGCUAGAUACAUACAUACAUGUGUAUUUGUAUGUCUGUAUGUAUGUACAUUCGACGCAUAAUAAACUGAAAUCGAAGUAAA